AUGGCUGCCAGAAAAUGGGAUACCGCAUGCAUCAUCGCGGCCGCAUGUGUGCGGAGUCAAGGCCGGUUGAAGCCGGGAUGGGGCGCAGACAGGAUCAUCAUUCUUGUGAUCACCAUUUCUCGCAGAAACCUGAUGUUGAUCCGGUCUGUCGCGGAAAUACUGCGUACCGUAUGUACACACAUCAUAUGGAAGACGAGCCAGAGACCGACGGGCAAUACGAAACUGUGCAUGAGCCUCCUGCGUCCAAGAUUGGCCAAUCUCAACUUUGUUCACACCAGCACACGCAACCACUUUGCACCAGCCGGCAACUCCAUCCAGUACACGCCCCACCAUGUUCGAUGGGGAAGCUUUUGA